AUUACUAAAUAAUAAUAAAGUCUAUAUAUAUUACUAAUUAAUUAAUCACCACUAUCACUCUCAGAAAUAUAUUCAAUAUUUUCUUCUUUAUAUGUAUAAUAAUCUUCAAAUCCUUACUCCUCCUUAUUGUCCUCCUUAUUCUCUUCCUCAAUUUCUUUGUCAUCAUCCACAUCCUCAAAUUUUACAUUAAUGGCAGAUACAGUCCCAUUAGUAUGCUAAAUAGGUUCAUAUAAUAUGACAUCUAACUAGGUCAGUUGGGAAGCUGCAGAGUCAUCAUCUUGAAAAAUGGGUUCUGGAUCAUCACGUUGUUCCACUUGCUCAUUCGGCAUCUCAAUAAUACUUCUUGCCCUACAUUUCAAUGCAGCAACCCAUCCCUUCCUAACAGAAUUAUGUGAUAGAUAUGGAGUGUAAUACACAUGUUUAGCUUGACUUGCUAAGAUGAAAGGCUUAUAAGUUCUUAAUUUUCUAUUUGGAUUUAUAUCAAUGAGACAGUGUUUUCAGUCAACCAUAAUUCCUCGUGUAGAAGGAAUGUCAUACCAAUCGCAUUUAAAUAGAACAACCAUCUGUCAAUGUUUGGAGCCAACAUAUUGAUGCUUAAUCACUUCUUGCAACAACCCAUAAAAAUCCAAAUUUGAUUCUGUUCCUAUGGUUCCUGUGACACACACCCCGCUAUUCAUUAUUUUCUUGUUUUUUCUAUAUGAGGUAGUGUGAAAUCAAAAACUGUUUACCCAAAAGCCUUUAUAGCAUGAAAUCAUCCAAGAAGGGCUGUAACUCAAGCCAAUUAAAUGCCCAUCAAUGCCCUUAAACUCAUCAUGUAAAACAUAUAUCACAUAAGUUAUUUUAUUAGUUAUAAGUAUAUAACAAUUAAUAAACAAUAAUUAAAAUUUAGGAUUUAACUUAUCAAUUUUUCAAACCAUGACAUAAGAUAAUUGGAACAUUUUAUCUGUAUUUGUUAGGGAGUCAUAUUUUGACAUUCUUCCUCUUCGAAAACCCUAUCAAGCAUCCAUUAUAAUUAUGUGUAAAUUAAAACAGUUCAUUUAAUUUCUCAAAUGUUGUGAAGGAUAAGGAUUAGGAUUAGAGAAAUGCAGUCAAUCAAUCUAUCCCUUCAAUUAUUCACAAUUCAUUAGAACAUAAUGCAUUGUAGCAUUAUAUUCCUUUGUUAUUAACACUCGUUGUUGUUGUAGAGAACCAAUUGGUUUUCUAGGAUUAUUAAAUAUUGAAAAGUUAAUAUUAACCAAAAGGCCCAAGCCAACCACAUUUAUGGGAAUGCGAUCACCUCUUGUCUCAACUUCUCCUUCAAAAUAAAGCAAGAUAAAGUAUGAGAUCUCACUCAUUAUGUAAUUUUCACAAAUUGAUCCUUCUGGACGAACUUUAUUUUUCACUGAAUCGUUCAAUCCAUGCAUUU